AUGCGGGAGAAACGGCUCACCACCGAGCCACCAAUUAUAACAGAAGAGGGGUUUGAAGAUUCUUUAGCAACUGAUGAUUUACUUGUGGACUACUUCAAUGAAUUUUUAAGUCUUCCAACUUUUUCAGAGGCAAUUAGAUUUAAUGUGGAUUAUGGAGUUUUUGAAGUAGUUAGUGAUGCCCCUCACCAUCUAGAAAAAGAACUAAAAAGAAUUUUGCAUGAACAGAAACCUCGAAAUCCUAUUUAUGAUGUUGUAAGAAAAGAAAAAGAAAGAUGUAGUACACCAUUUCCUGAGAAACCAAAUGGCUCUACUAAAGAUGAUACUAUAAGGAUCAACUAUAACAUUAUGGCUACUGUUACUCAGACACUGGAUUGGUUUACAAUGGCAAAACAAAGCCAGCACACAGUGACAACUUUCUCAUCACCUACUUGUGUUCUCAGCACUGGGAUUCAAAGCGAACAAAAGCUUGAUGGACGUGCGAAGACAGACAGUUCUGUUCCGGAUUCAUCAUUAGAAGCUUUGAAUGAAGGGUCUAUGUCUGUCAAAGACACUGCUUCUCAGGCUCUCUUGAGAAUAUAUUUAGAAAGAAAACAGGAACCUCCUAAGGAUUUGAAAGUAUUUUUCUCAUCAGUAGAUGACUUCGUAUUUUCUUAUAUAAGAUUCAUUAUGAAAACAGCUAUGUCAAAAUUUACUCAGCGGCCUUAUAGAGAAGAUGAAGAAAUGGAUAUAAACUUCAAUAAUGUUGCACGAAUAGUAAUUCUAGAAGAAAAGGAGGAGGUUGUAGCUGAAAGGAAAAUUUCAGAUUUUUCUACUGAAAUCAAACCGAAAGAGUUUGAUGAGAACAUAGAGCUAGUGAGUUUAUAUUCAAAACCCGAAAGCAUUGGCUCAGAAACCAGAGCUGAUUGGUGUAUUUCCCAUAAAACUUAUGACAUUGGCACCAGGAAGGAGUUUGAAAGAUUCAAGAAGUUUAUGAAAGGAACACAAGGGGAGAAAUAUCAGUGGCUCUGGAUGGAUAUUGAAAGGUUAAAGGUUCUUAGGGACCCUGGAAGACAGCAGAGACAUCUUGAGAAGAUGAGAAAAAACUAUCUAAUGACUGGUGGAGAUUACUAUCUCACUCCAGAAGUCCUAAUAAAACUUAAUCUAAUAGAUGGAUCUUUUUGGAAUGAACCACAUUUGAGAUGCAUUCAAUCUGAAAUUGUGAAACCUUUACUUCAAUAUUGGGGACCUAGGUUCUGUGUAACACAUUCAUAUGAAUUAAAAAAUGCUAGUGCUGUGCUGAAAUUCUGGCAUUCCCGCCAAGAUCAACCAAGGAAAGAUAUUGAUCCUUUCCCGCAAAUGGUCACACUUUUACCCUUAAGACCUAAAUCUUGCAUUCCACUGAAGGAUGAGUUCAUCCAACAACAGAUUUUGAAAUCUCCCAGAAAAUCUUCCAGGAAAUCCACCAAAGGAAGCAUAACAUCUAAAAAGUUGGCCAGGAAGAAUGAGCCUCUCACUGAAAGUGUAGAGCCAGAAGUCACUGGGAAGAGCUCAAAGUGCUUGACAUUAAGCAGCAAAGUUAUUCGUUUAACAUCUUUUACUGACAUUUCUGAGUGUCUGAAGCCUCAGUUAGAAAGAAGAUCCAGCUAUACUGAAGAAAUUCCUGUUAAAAAAGCUGCACCUCGUGAUGCCUUGUUUGGAUCUGAAAUGCAAAAUUUGCUGCAAUCUUUGUAUGUGGAAAAUAGAGCUGGAUUCUUCUUCACCAAGUUCUGUGAACAGUCAGGGAAUGAGCUUUGGAAGAACAGUACAUACUUUUGGUUUGACCUGCAGAAUUAUCAUCAACUAUUCUACCAAGAAACACUUCAGCCUUUUAAAGUAUGCAAGCAGGCACAAUAUCUUUAUGCCAUGUAUAUCGCUCCUUCGGCUCCCUUGGAUAUUGGAUUAGAGCAUAAGAAGAAAAAAGAGAUUUAUAUGAAAAUAGACCCACCAUUUGAAGAUCUGUUUGAUGCAGCAGAAGAAUAUAUCCUUCUCCUCCUUCUUGAACCCUGGGUAGAAAUGGUGAAAUUAGAUCAAAACAAUUAUGAACAGGUGGAGCAAGUGAAACAAGACCGACAGCUGGACUCCUUAUACUUUAGACAACUACAGGCUAUGCAUAAAGAAACUGUUCUCAAGAAAGAUGAAGAAGAUGAUUCUGAUUUACCAGACACUUUUGUUCCCAAACAAACACAACUUUGGGAUAAAGUUCCUGAGGAAUUUAGACAUCUUAACUUUAAUUAUCUGAUUAACAACAAGUUGGAGUUUGAACAUUUCCGCCAGUUUCUUGCUGCUCAUUCUGCUAGUAUAGAUCUCAUGUGCUGGAUCGACAUCGAACAGUUCAGAAGAAUACUUCACCAAAAUAAAAAACAAAGAGAAGCAAAAUCUACAGAUAUUAAAAACAAAUACCUCAACAAAAAAUACUUCUUUGGACCUACCAGUCCAGCUACAAAAGAACAGCAAGAUGAGAUAAUGCAAUUAGCUGGUGGCUGGGGAAUGAUUCUUCAUGAACAGCUGGCAUCAUCUGUUCUGCUGGAAAUUCAAAAAUGUGUCCGAAGGAGGUUAGAAAACAUGUGGUUGCCCUUGUUCCUAGCAAGUGAACAGUUUGCAUCACGACAAAAAACAAAGUUACAGAUGGCAGAUAUAGCCGAAGAUGUUAUGCUCAGGCGACAAGGAGAGAAAAUUGGAGUCUGGAAGCCUGAAGAGAGUAAAUGGAUAUCUUCAUCUACUGAAAUUCUUGCUUUCCGUAAAGCAUUAUUGAAUCCUCUAACAGCAAAAUUGUUUCAGCGAUACGUAUCACUAAAAGGAGAUUUAUUGGGAAAUGAUGUACUUUUCUGGCAAGAAGUUCAAAAUUUUAAGGAUUUGUGCCAUUCUCACUGUGAAGAUGCCAUUAUCCAGAAUAAGAUCACCACUAUAAUCAACUGCUUUAUUAAUUCCAGUAUUCCACCAGCUUUACAAAUUGACCUUCCAUUUGAUCAAGCUCAGAAGAUUAUAGAGCACAGGAAAGAGUUAGGACCUUAUGUGUUUAGAGAGGCACAGAUGACAAUUUUUGGAGUUCUUUUUAAAUACUGGCCAGACUUUUGUGAGUUUCAAAGCAAUUUAACUGAAGAAAAAGCUUUAAGUGCCUUAGAGAGAAGAAGAGAUUCUAAGAAAAGACACAGCCUUGGCACCGAAGAAAGCAAAUCAAGGAAACACGAGAUGGUCUUGAUAACCCGCUUUUCUCUCUAUUCAACUGUAAUAAUUGGCUGUCCAUUUACACUCAAGGCAUCAUCCAGAGCAGGAUCCAGUACAGCCUCUGUUUCCGGGAAGCCAAGUGGCACCUUGGCUCAGGUUCCUACUUACAGCGGCAAGUCUGCCUGGUGCUACUCAAAAUACAUUGAAGCUCUGGAACAGGAGAGAACCUUGCUUAAAAUUCAAGAAGACCUGGAAAAAAAGAUAAACAUCAGCAGCAUAACAGGGAGACUUGAAAUACGACUAUUCUAUGAAAUUAGGAGCCUGAAUGAAUGA